AUGGAAGAUAAAAAUUUCGCUGAUACUGCUGCAGAUGAAGAGGAAAAUCUGUUUGGUGAUGACUACAACACUGCAUUUGUCAAGACAUUGCUAAGAGUUUAAAAUAAUGUGAUUAAUCUUCCUGGAGGUAGAGAGCAUUUCGAUAUCUAUUUGGCUAAGACAAUAUAUCCAGUUCUUGUUCCAGGUCUGGAGAGUCUUGCCAGAGAAAUUGACAGAUUCAUCAACUCAGAUGGAGAAUUUUUAAUGAGAAAUAACCCCAAGUAUGGACAUAAGCUUGAAUAUACAGACAUCUUCAAGCAAUAUGCUAAAAUUGAGAAAAUUAGGAGAUUCUUUUCAAUAAAGAGACAAAAGGUUUAUAAGCAUUUCAUGCUCCAGCCUUAUCAAGGCAACUUUGUGAAGAGACACAUUAAGGAAUUUAUAAAAUCAAUUGAUGAUUUCUUGAAGAUAGAGGGCAAGCUUGUAGCUAAUUUUUAAAUCUAUGAGAACUUCCCACAUUUAGGAGAUGAUGAAGUAGUCACAUUUGAGAGAUUCUAUGAUAUUCUUUCAAAAUGGGCUAUCUAAUAAGAUAAGAUGUCCUAUGAGGACUUUGCCACAUUUGAAGACGAAGCUGCUAAAGAAGAAUAGAUCGAAGCAUUCAAAAAGAUGACUGAUAGAAUUCUAUGA